AAGCAGCAGUAAUGCUGUGUUCAACUACUUGUGGGAACUUGGAAACUCGGAAAUGUCCGACUUGCUAACUGGUGAUAGUUAUGCGGUGUUGAACGACUCAUCAAGUCGGACAUUUCUUAGGUCAUAGUUCCGACUAGUAUUUUAACGCGGCCUAAGUAGGCAGGCACCCCUCACGAGCGAUCUAUUGUGAUCAUCGGUUCGCACAGCUGGUCUGUUCUCCUACGGAAAAGGGAACGGAACACUCGCUACGGCUUCUUUUCCACCAGGUUCUAACUUCGAAUCCUCAACAGUCAUGCUGGAAGCGACACAUUCGCAGAUUUAGGCGACAUUAUCGGAGAUAAUAAACUAGCACACGCAGACAACAAAGUAUUCCUCUUUUUACGGCGUGUGGAAAGACUGCAUUCGGACUGAAAAGAAACUCCGGGGACGGGGACACUGGUCGGAACAACGCACAUCGUUUCUGACCUUACUGACUGUCCCCUUCUCUCCCCUGCCAGAGAGCACCAUGGAGAAGAUGAAGCGGUUUAGGAGGAGGCUGUCCCAGACUCUGAGAGGGAGUCAGACCAUCGAUGAGUCUCUGUCUGAACUGGCUGAACAGAAGACUAUAGAGGAGAACGGCAACAAGGACAGCGCAACAGGGACCGUGGUGCAUAAUGGUCACGGACUUCCCCCCUCGGCCCACAGUGUCCACUCCUUCCUGCACCAGUACACUAGUUCCUUCAAGGAGCCCCCUCUGCGGAGACCCCAGAGUGUCAUAGGUGGAGGCGGGCUAGGGUCUUUCAUGGCCGUGCAACGCAACGGCAGCCGCCUUGACAUCGUCCAUGAGAAUAUGAAGAUGGGUUCUGAUGGAGAGAGUGACCAGGCAUCAGGGACCAGCUCAGAUGAGGUUCAGUCUCCCACAGGGGUGUGUCUGAGGAAUAGGGGCAACCGACGCAUCUCUGCAGAGGACCUGAACAAGCGUCUGUCCUUACCUGCCGACAUCCGUAUUCCAGAUGGUUACCUGGAGAAACUACAGCUCACCAGCCCCUCCUUCGACCAGCCCCUCAGCCGACGCUCCCGAAGAGCAUCAUUGUCUGAAAUUGGAUUCGGGAAGCUUGAGACAUACAUCAAACUGGACAAGUUAGGAGAGGGAACGUAUGCUACAGUGUUUAAAGGAAGGAGUAAACUGACAGACAACCUGGUGGCUCUGAAGGAGAUCAGACUGGAGCACGAGGAGGGAGCACCUUGCACUGCUAUCAGAGAGGUGUCCUUACUGAAGGACCUGAAACACGCCAACAUAGUGACGCUGCACGACAUCAUCCACACAGACAAGUCCCUGACGCUAGUCUUCGAGUACCUGGACAAGGACCUGAAGCAGUACAUGGACGACUGUGGGAACAUCCUGAGCAUGCAGAACGUCAAGAUCUUCUUGUUUCAGAUCCUGCGAGGUUUGUCCUACUGUCACAGACGGAAGGUUCUACACAGAGAUCUGAAGCCUCAGAACCUGCUCAUCAACGAACGAGGAGAACUCAAACUGGCCGACUUCGGUCUGGCCCGGGCCAAGUCAGUCCCCACUAAGACGUACUCCAACGAGGUGGUGACGCUCUGGUACCGACCUCCUGACGUUCUACUGGGAUCCUCUGAGUACUCCACACAGAUAGACAUGUGGGGUGUGGGCUGUAUAUUUUAUGAGAUGGCUGCCGGGAGGCCUCUGUUCCCUGGCUCUACUGUGGAGGAUGAACUGCACCUCAUCUUCAGACUGCUGGGAACACCCUCAGAGGACAGCUGGCCUGGCAUCUCUUCCAUGGAUGAGUUUAAGUCCUACAAGUUCCCCAAGUACAAGACACAGCCCCUCAUCAACCAUGCUCCCAGGUUGGAUACCGAUGGCAUUGAACUGCUGCUGUCAUUUCUCAAAUACGAGUCCAAGCAGAGGAUGUCUGCAGAUGAGUCGAUGAGACAGCCCUACUUCAGGAGCCUGGGGACACACGCACACACACUGCCAGAGAGCAUAUCCAUAUUCACCCUGAAGGAGGUUCAGCUGCAGAGAGACCCAGGCUAUAGGAACUCUAACUAUCCUGAGUCAGGCAACGGCAAGAACAGAAGGCAGAGCAUGCUCUUCUAAAGACUCCGAACGGUGGUGUGUUCAACAGAUGAGGAUGUCCUACCUACCCCGAAGAGUUAUACAGACAGAGAUGGUUCAGUCCCAGAGAUGGUUGUCUACAAGGGGCCACAGGGGGGGGGUAGGAGGACCAGCCCUCUGUGCGUCCCCCCCUUUCUGCCAGGGCCCCCUAUCUACAGUACUGUUGGACCCCUGGGGGCCCAGGCCAAUGUGAAACUGGCUAAAAAUAGAGAUGUUUAUACAUUUUAUAUUUAUUGGGGAUAAGAGAGAAUUUGCUGCUACAAAUCCAACUACUGUCUAGAAGAUUCUAACUGGCUCAGUCACUUUAAAAGAAAACAUGCAAUGUGUAUAGAUGUUUUAUUAUUUGGAAGUGGAGACAUUGUGUUGGUUUUGUCCAUUGAUUUCCAUUAUUUCCACCUCAACACUCCAACUGUGACAUGCAGACAAACCGAGAUCUUUGCUGAGGCAGAGUCUGACGUUUUGUGAUUUUCUCUGUUGUGUUGCCGUACGUGGUGCUGUAUUCAAACACCAACCUCUCAUAUUUCUGGACCAUUCAACACAUAUCAGAAUAUACUGUUGAGGCCAGUACAGCCCUAGUGGAUGGUGAUGAUCGUAGCGAUUGUUCUAUCUCUAUGGUGACCAUAUCCACCUGCUUCCAACAUGAAAGACUGUACCUCCAUUUUGAUACAAGGUAUGGGAGCAGUGAUCGGCUUGGUGAAUAAUGGUUCACAUAGUUGUUAGUAGGUACAGUUGAAGUCGGAAGUUUACAUACACCUUAGCCAAAUACAUUUAAACUCAGUUUUUCACAAUUCGUGACAUUUAAUCCUAGUUAAAAUGUCCUGUUUUAGGUCAGUUUUAUUUUAAGAAUGUGAAAUGUCAAUAAUAGUAGAGAGAAUGGUUUAUUUCAGCUUUUAUUUCUUUCAUCACAUUGUCAGAGGGUCAGAAGUUUACAUACACUCAAUUAGUAUUUGGUAGCAUUGCCUUUAAAUUGUUUAACGUGGGUAAAAUGUUUCGGGUAGCCUUCCACAAGCUUCCCACAAUAAAUUGGGUGACUUUUGGCCCAUUCCUCCUGACAGAGCUGGUGUAACUGAGUCAGGUUUGUAGGCCUCCUUGCUCGCACACGCUUUUUCAGUUCUGCCCAAACAUUUUCUAUACGAUUGAGGUCAGGGCUUUGUGAUGGCCACUCCAAUUCCUUGACUUUGUUGUCCUUAAGCCAUUUGCCACAACUUUGGAAGUAUGCUUGGAGUCAUUGUCCAUUUGGAAGACCCAUUUGAGACCAAGCUUUAACUUCCUAACUGAUGUCUUGAGAUGUUGCUUCAAUAUAUCCACAUAAUUGUUCUUCCUCAUGAUGACAUCUAUUUUGUGAAGUGCACCAGUCCCUCCUGCAGCAAAGCACCCCCACAACAUGAUGCUGCCACCCCCUUGCUUCACGGUUGGGAUGGUGUUCUUUGGCUUGCAAGCAUCUCCCUUUUUCCUCCAAACAUAACGAUGGUCAUUAUGGCCCAAAAAUUAUAUUUUUGUUUCAUCAGAACAGAGGACAUUUCUCCAAAAAGUACAAUCUUUGUCCCCAUAUGCAGUUGCAAACCGUAGUCUGGCUUUUUUAUGGUGGUUUUGGAGCAGUGGCUUCUUCCUUGCUGAGAGGCCUUUCAGGUUAUGUCGAUAUAGGACUGGUUUUACUGUGGAUAUAGAUACUUGAUAAUAUAGAUAAUAUAUAGAUAAUUGUACCCGUUUCCUCCAGCAUCUUCACAAGGGCCUUUGCUGCUGUUCUGGGAUUAAUUUGCACUUUUCUCACCAAAGUACGUUCAUCUCUAGGAGACAGAAUACGUCUCCUUCCUGAGUGGUAUGACGGCUGUGUGGUCCCAUGGUGUUUAUACUUGCGUACUAUUGUUUGUACAGAUGAACGUGGUACCUUCAGGCGUUUUGGAAAUUGCUCCCAAGGAUGAACCAGACUUGUGGAGGUCCACAAUAUUUUUUGAGGUCUGAUUUUGGCUGAUUUCUUUUGAAUGUCCCAUGAUGUUAAGCAAAGAGGCACUGAGUUUGAAGGUAGGCCUUGAAAUACAUCCACAGGUACACCUCCAAUUGACUCAGAUGAUGUUAAUUAGCCUAUCAGAAGCUUCUAAAGCUAUGACAUAAUUUUCUGUAAUUUUCCAAGCUGUUUAAAGGCACAGUCAACUUAGUGUAUGUAAACUUCUGACCCACUGGAAUUGUAAUACAGUGAAAUAAUCUGUCUGUAAACAAUUGUUGGAAAAAUGACUUGUGUCAUGAACAGUACCAGGCCACAGAGUACUCUGUGCAUGACACAAGUCAUUUUAAUAUUGAGUUUUAAUGACUCCAACCUAAGUGAAUGUAAACUUCCCACUUCCUAAGCGACUUGCCAAAACUAUAGUUUGUGAACAAGAAAUUUGUGGAGUGGUUGAAAAACGAGUUUUAAUUACUCCAACCUUAGUGAAUGUAAACUUCCCACUUCAACUGGAUAUGUAAUGUAGUAGUGGAGCUUCUACCCUAAUGCUCCCAACCAAGAUUUAGAAACCCGAACUGGUUAGAUCCAGAGGGAAAGGAGAACAUUGAGACUGGAUGGUUCCUUUGUGACGUCAUGUCAUUCUAGAAUGAUGUGGCCUCUUGUCAUCAUGACUCAUGACCAAUGAAUGAACAAAAGCAGUAUGUCAGAGACUUGGCUUAGUGGAAUUUAUGAUUUAGGCAUUACAGGAAGAUGUCUAAUAUCUGACUUUUAUUUGUAUUCUUCAGAACGCCCAGAGGCAUUGGCCAUGUUCCAGGUCAGCUACAUUGCGGUUGAGUUCCUCAUGUUGUUAGAUUAUUAAGUUGUAUUGAGGAGGGUUCUUGCAAAAUGAAAUGCUACAUACUCAUUUGCAGAGAACAUAUCCAAUUGGUCAUAGAUGAGAAAGUAGUAUAUAUAUUUUUUAAAUUGCAGUA